AUGGCCGCGAGCCUACUUGGUCUGUACGCAUUAUUUAUAUGUAGUGGUAAAAGGGUGGUUAAAAUUCCUUUAAGUCGAUUAAGCAAAACUGAAGUACAACACAAGUUCUAUGCCCCAAUAUCAGUUUUGCCACUAUCCAAGUGCCAAAAAUUGCCAAUUAUUUAUUAUUUUUUUAGUUCAAAUAAUUCGCCUACACUUUCUGCUUUUACCCUUUCCUUUGUUUACUAUAACGUCUCGGAUUGGCAAAUUCGUAUAAAUUUAAUGCAGCAAUGGCGUUCAAUAGCUUCUCGACAUUCAGAAAAUUUAAAUCUUUCAGUUUGGAUUUGGGAAGAAAAUUCGUUAUUUGUAGAUCAAAUGCUCUCUCUUGGAUCAACAACCUUUCAAUCAUUUGUGUUAACACUUGGAUGCAUGUCUUUAGUGUGUUUAUUAUUUAUGCCAAGUUUAUUUAGUCUUCUAAUUGCUUCUGCUUCAAUUUGUUCAAUUUCUAUUGGGGUUUUUGGUUUUCUUUCUUGUUUUGGUUUUGAUUUAGAUCCUGUUACUAUGGCAGCAACAUUAAUGUCCAUUGGCCUUUCUGUUGAUUUUGUUUCCCAUGUAAUUUAUCAUUUUCGACAAAAUGUUUUUUAUAAAUUCCAUAAAUGUUCAUUAUCUCCUUCCGGUUUUAUCGAACAAUGUAUACCUCUUACAACUAAAAAAGACAAAUUAAAAUAUACUCUUGAGUCAGUCGGUUGGCCUAUGUUGCAAGCUGGUAAUUUGUGUUUAGUUAGAAAUAUUAAAAUUUAA